CUGAGCUCAAACUGGACGAUCGUCCCCAGUUCACGUUUAAGAUGCGGAUCGACCCUGACGAGAAGGAGCGGGCGGGAGACCACCGCUUUGUGGGGCCUGUGGAGACCCUGUACCGCGGGACAGCACUCCUGGGGAAGCGUCUGCGUACAGAGGCAAAGCUGCUGCAAUUCUUCUACAAAAUCGUCGAGAACCCUGAGAGACAGAACGUACCAGAAUUUCGCGAAAAGAGUUUUCUGGUGGAUUCACAGAACAACAAGGUGUACUUUUGUAACUACGCCAGACGCCGCAAGGGACUAAAUGCCUGCUUCUCCCAUGAUGAAAACAGCAAGUCGGAACAUGAGAACUGGCGGGGUAUGGGACAUGAAAGCAAUAGCUUGAUCUCACAUCCGUUCCGUUUCUGUAGAUCAUUUGCAAACUGUCUGAAUUGGUAGC